GCAUCGCAGGACCGGCGUCACUUCAGAAGGCGCAUUUUUGUGGGACAUUUUUUUCAUUCUGCAAUAUUUCGGCGAGGACGUUAUAACCAGUAUACCAAGCUGCUGCUUCUUCCUGUUUAUUUAACCCAGCCAAGUGUUCGCUUAAUAUACAAAAAAAAAUGGGCAAAAAGACUGAAAAUCCCGAAAAUGCCGAUGGCACACAGUCCGACGAGGAGGAGGAGGAGGAGUAUGCCGUCGAGAAGAUUUUGGAUCGUCGUGUGCGCAAGGGAAAGGUUGAAUACUAUCUGAAGUGGAAGGGCUAUGCCGAGACCGAGAACACAUGGGAGCCGGAAAGCAAUCUCGAUUGUCAAGAUCUUAUUCAGCAGUACGAGCUGAGUCGCAAGGAUGAGGAGAAGGCGGGUGGCGGCAAGAAGGAUCGUCCCGGCAGCAGUGCCAAAGUGAAGGAAACGGGACGCAGCUCCACUGGCACCGGUGUGCCAGCCAGCAAACGCAAAUCAGAGGAGCCGUCGGCAGCAGCACCAAAUGGCAAAUCAAAACGCUCAGAGCCUGACCAGGAUAGCAGCGACUCGAAUGGUUCGACCACAACAGGCUUUGAUCGCGGCCAGGAGGCCGAAAAAAUACUGGGGGCCUCCGACAACAAUGGCCGCCUCACAUUCCUGAUUCAGUUCAAAGGUGUGGACCAAGCCGAGAUGGUGCCAUCGUCAAUAGCCAAUCUAAAGAUACCACAAAUGGUGAUUGCCUUCUACGAGGAGCGCCUCUCCUGGUACUCCGAUAACGAGGACUAGCAUCUCCCUCCUCGGUUGCCCCAAGCGUGUGACCCAUGAGUAGAAGUUUUUCCCCAGAAAAGCCCCGAGUACAUAAUAUUAAACCCAUAUAUAAUUAGUUACCUAGUUUAAUCUCAAGGACACACCCUUUUAAUUUGAGAUAUAUCCCGAACCGCGAGACAUGCGCUUCGAUCACAACAAAAGCACCCUAACUAUAUAUUUUUUACGUCUCUUCAUCUCCAACCCCAACAACAAUUAACAUGUAUUUCCAUGCAAUUUAAAAUGAAUAAAAUGGGAACUUGAGUUCUAAAAGAUCAGGAAAAAGUA